CUUAUCCCGACACGUGGACCGAUUAAAACAAACCUUUGAUAAAUCCUCAGUUGCUCUAGUUUACCCUAGAUUCUGUUCGUAGUUAUUCUCUUACACAGCAACUUCAAGAGUUAAACGCGUUUCAAAGCCGCAACAGGUACAUUCUCUUCUUCACCCAAAAUCGCCCUUAAAUCUCUCUUUCUUGCUCGCUGGCUUUUAAUUUGUUCAAGCACAAUUUGCAAGUUUUCCCACGACAUGCUCUUCGCCGAUCUGUCUUGAAUCAGAGUGCCCAUCAAUUUUGUGAAAUGGCUUCAGAAGGUGCAAAAAGCUUUGCAAGGAGGGACCGCCUCUUGGAGAUUGAGCAGAAGGUUCGAGGGUGGUGGGAAGACAAAGAUGUUUUCAGGGCUGAACCUGGUGAAAGGCCUCCUGAAGCGGAUGAAAAGUUCUUUGGAAACUUUCCAUUUCCGUAUAUGAACGGGUUUUUGCAUCUUGGCCAUGCAUUCUCACUGUCUAAGCUUGAAUUUGCUGCUGCCUAUCAUAGAUUAAGGGGAGCUAAUGUGCUGUUGCCAUUUGCUUUCCAUUGUACUGGUAUGCCAAUUAAGGCCUCGGCAGAUAAACUGCGUCGAGAAAUUGAACGGUUUGGUAACCCCCCUAAUUUUGCCAUUGAAGAGGAGGAGCAAGUAGAAACCCAAACAGAGCCUGAUGAUGCACUUGGAAGCUUGCCGGUAGACAAGUUCAAGGGCAAAAAGUCCAAGGCUGCUUCAAAAUCAGGGGGACAAAUGUUCCAAUGGGAAAUUAUGCGCAGUUUUGGGCUCUCUGAUAGUGAGAUAUCAAAGUUUCAGGAUCCAUACGAGUGGUUGAGGUUCUUCCCUCCAUUAGCCAUGGAAGAUCUUAAGGCUUUUGGCUUGGGUUGCGACUGGAGACGUUCAUUUGUGACAACAGAUAUAAACCCAUACUUUGAUUCUUUUGUGCAGUGGCAAAUGAGGAAACUAAAAUCUAUGGGUAAGAUUGUCAAAGAUGUGCGUUUCACAAUUUACUCUCCCUUGGAUGGCCAGCCAUGUGCAGAUCACGACAGGGCAAGUGGUGAAGGAGUGCAGCCCCAAGAAUACACUCUUAUCAAGAUGGAGGUGCUGCCGCCUUUCACUGUCAAGCUGGGGCCUUUGGAAGGGAAAAAAGUGUUUCUAGCUGCGGCUACACUGAGACCCGAGACGAUGUAUGGACAAACAAAUGCAUGGGUCUUGCCUGAUGGAAAAUAUGGAGCUUUUGAAAUUAAUGAAACAGAUGUGCUCAUCCUCACAGAGAGAGCAGCUCUUAAUCUUGCCUAUCAAAACGUCUCAAGAUUUCCUCAGAAACCAAGUUGCUUGCUUGAGCUAACUGGUUAUGAUCUAAUUGGUCUUCGGUUGAAGUCUCCUCUUUCUUUCAACGAGGUCAUAUAUGCUCUUCCCAUGUUGACAAUUCUGACAGACAAAGGCACUGGGAUUGUGACCAGUGUGCCUAGUGAUGCCCCUGAUGAUUAUAUGGCAUUGCAUGAUUUGAAAGCAAAACCAGCAUUCAGGGCUAAGUAUGGUGUGAAAGAUGAAUGGGUACUGCCCUUUGAGAUUGUACCAAUCAUUAAUAUUCCAGACUUCGGAGAUAAGGCUGCUGAAAAAGUUUGCCUGGAUUUGAAAAUUAAGAGCCAAAAUGAGAAGGAUAAACUUGCUGAAGCAAAGAGGUUGACAUACCUGAGAGGAUUCACGGAUGGGACAAUGCUUGUUGGUGAAUUUGCAGGGAGAAAAGUCCAGGAAGCAAAGCCAUUAAUUAGGGCCAAGCUUAUUGAGACUGGUGAGGCAAUUAUGUAUAGUGAGCCUGAGAAGCGAGUUGUAUCGAGGUCUGGUGACGAAUGUGUUGUGGCACUUACUGAUCAAUGGUACAUCACAUAUGGGGAAGAAGAAUGGAAGAAAUUGGCUGAAGAAUGCUUUUCCAAUAUGAAUCUCUACUCUGAUGAGACACGACAUGGCUUUGAGCACACAUUGAGCUGGCUAAACCAGUGGGCUUGUUCUCGAUCUUUUGGGCUUGGGACUCGCAUUCCAUGGGAUAAAGAGUUCCUCGUUGAAUCCUUGUCUGACUCUACUAUUUACAUGGCCUAUUACACUGUUGCCCACCUCCUUCAUAAUGAUGACAUGUAUGGUACCAACAAGCCUCAUUCUGUGAAGCCUGAGCAAAUGACUGAUGAGGUUUGGGAUUUUAUCAUCUGUGGUGGUCCACACCCCAAAUCAUCUGAUAUACCUUCAUCUAUACUUGAUAAGAUGAAGCAAGAGUUUGAGUAUUGGUAUCCAUUUGAUCUUCGAGUCUCAGGUAAGGACCUCAUUCAGAAUCAUUUGACAUUCUGCAUUUAUAACCAUACAGCAAUCAUGGCCAAGCACCACUGGCCUCGUGGAUUCAGGUGCAAUGGGCACAUGAUGCUCAAUUCUGAGAAGAUGAGCAAGUCUACUGGAAAUUUCAGGACAGUUCGCCAGGCUAUUGAGGAAUUCUCUGCUGAUGCAACACGAUUCUCUCUAGCUGAUGCUGGGGAUGGUGUUGAUGAUGCAAACUUUGUAUUUGAAACUGCAAAUGCUGCUAUCCUUCGCCUCACUAAGGAGAUUGCAUGGAUGGAAGAGGUUCUUGCUGCAGAAUCAUCUCUGAGAAUUGGUCCUCCAUCUACCUAUGCUGAUAGAGUGUUUGAAAAUGAGAUAAAUAUUGCUGUAAGAAUGACUGAGCAAAAUUACAGGGGCUACAUGUUUAGGGAAGCUUUGAAAAGUGGGUUCUAUGAUUUGCAAGCUGCUAGAGAUGAGUAUAGGUUCUCUUGUGGUAGUGGGGGCAUGAACCGUGACUUGGUAUGGCGUUUUAUGGAUGUGCAGACACGGCUUAUUACUCCAAUCUGUCCACACUAUGCAGAAUAUGUUUGGAGGGAGCUUUUGAAGAAGGAUGGAUUUGUGGUGAAGGCAGGCUGGCCUAUGGCUGGUUCUCCUGAUCUGACUCUGAAGGCCGCCAACAAGUACUUGCAGGACUCCAUUGUUUUAAUGAGGAAGCUGCUUCAAAAACAACUCUUAGGUUCAAAGAAAGGCAAUAAAAAGGGAGCUCCAGUUGCAACGCUAACUGAAGACAAGCUAACAGGUUUAAUAUAUGUGAAUGAGCAAUUUGAUGGAUGGAAAGCAGAAUGCUUGAGGAUACUUCAAAGCAAAUUUGACCACAAGAAUCGAACUGUUGCCCCAGAUGGGGAGAUUAUGGAUGCACUAAAGAAUAGCUCCGUUGGUCAGGCCACAAAUUUUAAACAAACCCAAAAACUUUGUAUGCCUUUCUUGAGGUUCAAGAAAGAUGAGGCUAUCGCAAUUGGUUCUCAGGCUUUGGACCUGAAGCUGCCGUUUGGAGAGAUUGAGGUCCUUAAGGAGAACUUGGACUUGAUAAAGAGACAAAUUGGUCUUGAAGAGGUGGAAAUAUUGUCUGCUGCUGACCCUGAUGCUCUUGCUAAAGCUGGUUCGCUUGUCUCACUGCUGAACCAGAAUCCUCCAUCUCCUGGCAAUCCAACAGCCAUCUUCUUGACCAGGUAGUCGCUGAUAAAACCAAUCAAAAAUGGAUUGCGUGGGGAAAAGGUGUAAUUGUUGAGACAAAAAGAUUUUCUUCGAGGAAUUUGUUGCUGGGAUGUCACGAGUUUGAAAGGUAGCAUGUUCUAUUAGCAAUGGAAGCAUGUUUCACUAGCCAAGAAUUUGCAGUGUCCUUAAUAUUGAACUUUAUAAGAUCUUUAAUUUUGUCAUUGUAUUAUUUAGGUUUUUUGAUUAACUGGAUAAGAUGUUUUGGGAAUUUCGCAAUGUGUCAUUAGUUUCCUCUUUACAGAAUUGCACCCUUCCAUCUCACCUUUUCUUAUUUUCCAUUUCCUUUGGAUAGUGUUACAGUAAAUUUGUAUCUAGCUGCACUUGCAGAUGGUUAUUGAUCAUGAGUUAUUUAUUACAGUUUGUUUGCAAUGAUUUUA